CGGCAGUUAUUUAAUGUAAAACGGCAAAAAUGUUUACUUACUGGGUCUCAUGAGGUUAAUGCAAGUUGGAAAAUAGAAACACUUCAUUAAACUAUUAUAAAAAAAGUAGCCUUUAAUUACGCACUUACGUGGGUGUUAACGUGUUGAAUGUGUUGCGUUCAAGUGUCAUUACAAAGACUGGUUGAGAGCAACUACAGUGUAAAUGUGCUGCCAUAUUUAGGACAGGAGGGCACGCAUCACGGGACGCGUUCACAGCCACCCGUGACGUCUGGAACCAUGGGAAGUACAAGUCUCAUAGAAUUAAAAAAAAAAAAAAAAAAAAAAAAAAGUGUCGCUCGGGCUCCUGUGCGAUCAUUGGCUGCGGCCAUAGGUGUGUGGGUAGGUGUGUGUGCGCGUGUCGCCGUCCGUCGUUACGUUAUUUCCUGUUGAGGAUGAGGAGGGUUUUGACGGCACGGAAAGAAACGACGCAAGAUCUGUCGGAGAGUCCCGGGACACAAACACCUCCUUCUGCAAACAGAGCCGCACCAUCAUCUGGAAAUGCUCCGGACAGCUGCCCCGGAGUUGCCUCAGGAUUCACAGACCUCAUUCUUGUCAUUCUCCCUCUCUGCACAUCACAGUCUGGUGAGUAAGGGAUUACCUCAAACAUUUGGAACCCUGUGCUGCACCAUGGCAGGGGAUCUCUACUGUCCCCCAUCCCCACUUGGGGAUUCCCUUCUGGACAGCCCACUGUGUGGUGACCUGAUGGACGAUCUGGCCGACAUCUCCCGGUCCAUAGAGGACAACACGCUGGGCUUUGAUUUUCCUGAGUACCAGAGCACUGGCUCAGGAUCUGACAGCUCCAUAGCACUGGAUACUUUGACACCAGCCUCAAGUCCGUCUUCGGGGGUUUGUGGAGCAGUGCCAGGUGCAGAGGAGAGCUUGAACCCCCUCACUGUGGAGUGCAGAGUGUGUUCUGACAAGGCUUCAGGCUUCCACUACGGGGUACAUGCCUGUGAGGGCUGCAAGGGUUUCUUCAGGAGGACCAUCAGGCUGAAGCUGGAGUAUGAUAAGUGUGCACGUAAAUGCAAAAUCCAAAAGAAGAAUCGUAAUAAGUGCCAGUACUGCAGAUUCCACAAGUGCCUCUCAGUGGGCAUGUCCCACAAUGCCAUCAGGUUUGGUCGGAUGCCCCAGGCGGAAAAGCUAAAGCUGAAGGCAGAAUGCAAGGUGAUUGAGAAGGAGGAGGCCAGCCCCAUGCAGGGUGACCACAAGGUUCUUAUUAUGCAGAUCCACAAAGCCUACAUGAAGAACUUCAACAUGAACAAAGCAAAAGCACGGCUCAUUCUCACCGGAAAGACCAACAAUCCACAGCCUUUCAUCAUUCAUGAUAUGGAGACGUUCCAGCUGGCAGAGAGGACAUUAGCAGCCCAUAUGGUAGACGGUAAAUAUCCAGAGAUUGAGAUCAGCCUUCAAGCUGGGGAGCUGGUUCCUGCUGGGGUGUGUGGGGAGCUCCAGCAGAGGGAGGCUGAAGCCAGGCUCUUCCACUGCUGCCAGAGCACAUCAGUGGAGACGGUCACUGAGCUGACGGAGUUUGCCAAAGCAGUGCCGGGUUUCCAGAGCCUGGAUCUGAACGAUCAGGUGACCCUGUUAAAAUAUGGUGUGUAUGAAGCUCUAUUCACCCUCUUGGCUUCCUGCAUGAACAAAGAUGGUCUUCUGGUGGCUCGCGGCAGAGGUUUCAUCACCCGUGAGUUCCUGAAGAGCCUUCGACGGCCUUUGAGUGACAUGAUGGAGCCCAAAUUCCAGUUUGCCUCACGUUUCAACUGUCUGGAAUUGGAUGACAGUGACCUGGCCCUGUUUGUGGCAGCCAUUAUCUGCUGUGGAGACCGUCCAGGCCUAGUGGAUGCGCCUCUUGUGGAGCAGCUACAAGAAAGUAUCAUUCAGGCACUUCGGCUCCACCUGCUGGCCAACCACCCCGACGAUGCCUUCCUCUUUCCCAGACUGCUGCAGAAACUGGCUGACCUCCGCGAGCUGGUCACGGAGCAUGCUCAGUUAAUCCAGGAAAUCAAGACAACAGAGGAUGCGUCUCUGCACCCGCUUCUUCAGGAAAUAUACAGGGACAUGUACUGAGAAUGUGAAGGUCUGCAGAUCAGUGCACUGGAAGCAACUUAUUGUGUGUUUUGUGUAGAUGCACAGGGCUGUGACACCAAAAGGCUGCAUUCAGACUAAGUCUUCACUGGAACAAAACACAGAUGAAUUUAUUUAUCAGGGAGGCAGCUCUUGGAAAGUAAACAUGAGUGCUCAA